GGAAUACCCAGUUUUCACCUUGGUCCUUGACCUUUCAUGACAUCCUGCCAGCACUGUGAAGUGAAACCAAAACAAGAGGUCUAGCAUAAUUACGAAGAAAAAUCAUGUCUCGCCGCACAACAACAGUCGUUGCGGCUGUUUCCAUUGGAAUCGGCUUUUACUUAGGACGACGGGUAUCCAAAUUCCAACAUUCCUAUUCUACUUUCUAUGAUAAUCAUGUUUCAUCCAGUUCCAGUGGCUCAUUCGUUUUCCCACCGGCCCAUGCAAAAAUGUCUCUCCCAGCCGUGCCCGCGAUCUCAACACAGCCUGAAAACAAACCCCUGGCAGUGAAUCGUGUUGGUGAAAUGGUAAAAUAUGGAUUUCCCAGUACAGACAGCCUGAGAUCCUAUGAAGAUUUUAUGCUGUCAUACGAUCGUAGGAACAGGACUGCCAACUGGGUUCUGGAACAUCUUACCCCGGAAAAGGUCAACAAAGUAGACGGAGUUGAGAGAUCUAAGAUGAAAUUUACAGAAGACCAAUCCAUUCAUAGUUUUCAUCGCUCCACCAACAAAGACUACCAAGGCAGCGGUUACGACAGAGGCCAUCUUGCGGCAGCAGCAAAUCACAGACAGUCUGAGAAUGCAAUGAAUCAAACCUUUAUUCUCUCUAACGUCGCCCCACAGGUUGGUGAAGGAUUUAAUAGAGAUGCGUGGAAUAACUUGGAAAAAUAUGUGAGAGCUAUCGCCCGCAAGUCAAGGAAUGUGUUCGUUUGUACAGGACCAUUAUACCUCCCAAGGAAAGAGCCAGAUGGAAAAUUGUAUGUUAAAUAUGAAGUCAUCGGUGCAAAUCAUGUAUCUGUACCCACUCAUUUUUUUAAGGUGGUUGUUAUUGAGAAUGACAAAGGUCAGCUGGAGCUCCUGUCCUUCGUCAUGCCAAAUCAACCGCUGCCUAAUGUAAAAUUACACCACUACUUCAUGCCUCUAGAGAUGAUUGAGAGGGCUGCUGGUCUUAAUUUCUUCCAGAAUAUUCCAAAAAACACUUUCAAGAAGAUUAAUAUGAUUGCUUCCUGAUGCUUAUUUUUUUGUUCGCACAAUAGCUUUAACACUAGAUUUUCAAAAUGGCAUUAGUGAGAUUUGGCGUUUUGGAUGACAGUUUGUAUGUGUGUAUGGUUAGUCUUUGAUGAAAUGAAUGCAUUAUGAUGCUGACUUAUUGUGAGUUGCAACUGAACGACCUUGUGUAUUCUGCUCCCAGCUGGUUAUUUUUUUAUACUGUGGCAAACGUAUAAGCAUGAGGAAGGAACUCUCAUUACUCUCAAGAUUUGACAUAGGCCUACCUAAAAUCAGAUUUUAGACAACCUCAGAUUUUUAACAAUAUCACUUGAAAUCCCUUCUCAGAGAACAGGUUUGGAAGGGGAUAGAUCUGUUUGUUAUUUUACAAGUUUUACAGUACUUUUUGUUCUUCAAUUUUUAGAGUGAAUAAAUUAGAUCUGUGUGUACAUAUGUAUUUAUGGGAAAAGUGUUUUAGUUUUAGCAUCAUGGGUGCACUCUCUCUUAUUGGAAAACCCUGAUCAGACAGACUUUCCCUUGAUUGAUGAUCUUUUUGAGUUCUCUUUAUUUGAGUACAGAGAAGAACACUGACAGAGUAAUGGUCAUUUAGAUGCUUGGAAAAAGUAAGACAGACAGAAAUGAUAAGGGAAAAGUAGGGCCUACCUGUGGUGCCCUCCAACCACUGGCUUUGAGUUUUCUAUUUUGACAUCAGCUGUGUGGUGAAGACUAGCGUAUAUAACAAAAUUUCAGUGUCUGUUUACAAUGGAGUCCGCUUAAACGGGAUAUGGUUAAUCCGCAAACGGUGGUAAAUAGAAAGAAAAUAAAAUCCCCCAUUGUUUUACCUUCUAUUCAAGCUAUCUAUCUAAAUCGAAAACCUGGCUAAAUCAAAGAUAAUCCGCAUAUUUCUGUUUAUAUAUGUUCAAAGUCGAAGGAAGAGAAGUCAAUGGUAUAAAAACAAAAAGUGAAAAGCGCAGAAAAAUGUAUUUUCUUUGAUGAACAAUGUAGGGAGAUUUAAUAUGACUCUGUCAGUAAACUGAUUUAUACAUACAUGUUCACAUUUGAGGAGGAAAAUUAACACUUUGAGCUAAUUUACAUUUUGCACCUCAGAAUCAGAUAUGUAUGUGCAAACAAAUAAGCUCGUUGGCCUAACAUAUGUAGGAAGCCUGUGGCUUGGGAUAUUCUUUGGAUAAGAUGGUUCAAGUGGAUUUGUGAAAGUUCCAAUUGUCAAGUCUUUUUUGGUAAUUUUUUAAAUAUAUGUUAUGCUGUGUUAACUCACCGGCUUAACUGACAGGUUGAUGAUAGGUUUGGUCUCAAUUCAAGUGUGCAGAACGUUCUCGUAUCUUUUAUGAUUGUCACCUGUAAAGUUGUUUAAUAAAUUUUAAAAUUGUGCUGUACCAAAGACAAAGAAAGUGAAUUAUUUUUGUAUUCCUUACACUAGUCAUAUAUGAGUGAAUGAUAUCCAGUGAUUUUAAUAAACUGAUACUAUCUACAAAAUAUGA